AUGCACACAAGAGCAGCUAUGUUCAUAAGCAUUGAGAUUAGCGAAGGGAAUCGGAAGACGCUCGAGCAUGCUCCACACCUCGUCCAGCUAUUUUGCCCACUAGGAAGCGGAAUCAAAUCACGAAUCAGUGAGGACAAUCGAGUUCUUCUGCUUCAGAUGAUCGACAAGAUCCCGGAGGAUUCCAAGAAGGAGCAACACUUUAUGGUUGCAGAAAGAGUUCCUUCGAUAGAGCAGUUCUAG